GAUUGGCUUUGCCCACGAGAGAGAGAGAGAGAGAAAGAUUCCACCUGGUUGGGUCGUCAAGAGAAGAAACCGAAGAAGCUCGAAGAAGGACGACGCACAGGAGAUUCUUCCUUCCCCCAGAGUUUUCGUUUGAAGAAGAAGAAGAAUCCAAAACCCAGAUUUUUGGUUUUGCUUUUGGAGUAUUCGAAUUUGAAAUAUCUGAAUCUGUUGAUUCCCUUUUUUUUUUGUUGCUUUCUCUCUCUCCACAUGAAGCUGUGGUGGUGAAGAUUUUCGGAGAUUUAGGGUUUCUGAGUUCGUCCUCUCUUGGUUGGUGAAGAUGAACGUGAUGCGUCGUCUCAAGAGCAUUGCUUCGGGUCGGACCUCGAUUUCUUCGGAUCCUGGUGGGGACUAUGCGUUGAAGAGAGCCAAGCUGGAUCAAGAGAACGACAACUUGUGUGCUGAUCCUAUGCAGGUCGACCAAAAUAGUUCUUGUUUUGAGAUGAAAGCUGACAUUUUGUCACAUGAAAGUGUUGCUGGAACGUCAAAUGUGCCUGCUGCAUCAGAAAAAACCGUGGAUGAUCAGCUUCCCGAAGUUAUGAUCGAUAUGAGGAUUAGAGACGAGCGAAAUGCCAACCGCGAAGAGAAGGAUAUGGAAACAACUGUUGUAAACGGCAGUGGGACCGAAACGGGACAAGUUAUUACAACCACAGUCGGCGGUAGAGAUGGAAAGCCUAAGCAGACAAUCUCAUACAUGGCCCAGCGAGUGGUUGGAACCGGCUCAUUCGGAGUGGUGUUCCAGGCCAAGUGCUUGGAAACGGGUGAACAAGUUGCAAUUAAGAAGGUUCUGCAGGAUAAAAGAUACAAGAACAGAGAACUUCAGAUCAUGCGUUUGCAAGACCAUCCCAACGUUGUGCGACUGAGGCAUUCUUUCUUUUCGACAACUGACAAGGAUGAGCUAUAUCUCAACCUUGUCCUUGAGUAUGUUCCCGAAACUGUAUACAGAGCAUCUAAGCACUAUACCAAAAUGAAUCAGCAUAUGCCAAUUAUCUUUGUUCAGCUCUACACAUAUCAGAUUUGCCGUGCGCUGAACUACUUACAUCGCGUGGUUGGGGUGUGUCACCGUGACAUCAAGCCACAAAAUCUACUGGUUAACCCCCAAACUCAUCAACUAAAAAUUUGCGAUUUUGGAAGCGCAAAGAUGUUGGUACCCGGUGAACCUAACAUAUCCUAUAUAUGCUCCCGGUACUACAGGGCCCCAGAACUUAUAUUUGGGGCGACAGAGUAUACCAAUGCCAUUGACAUGUGGUCCGGCGGUUGUGUCAUGGCAGAGCUUUUACUCGGUCAACCACUGUUUCCCGGGGAAAGUGGCAUUGAUCAGCUGGUGGAGAUAAUCAAGAUUCUUGGGACGCCUACAAGAGAAGAAAUACGGUGUAUGAAUCCCAAUUACACGGAGUUCAAGUUUCCUCAAAUCAAAGCUCACCCGUGGCACAAGAUUUUCCACAAGCGAAUGCCACCUGAAGCAGUAGACCUUGUCUCGAGACUCCUUCAGUAUUCACCAAACCUUCGUUGCACUGCUUUGGAAGCUUGUGCACACCCCUUCUUUGAUGACUUACGGGAUCCGAAUGUUUCACUGCCAAAUGGAAGAGCACUACCUCCAUUGUUUAACUUCACUGCCCAAGAACUUGCGGGUGCAUCAACAGAGCUGCGACAGCGUCUAAUUCCAGCGCAUUGCCAGGGAACGGGAAGUAGCUCUUAGGAUCAUUUAUAGUGUGUCCAAAUCCAGCUUUCUUUCUCUCCCUCUAUUUACUGCAGUGUGUACAUCAAUUUUGAACCACUUCUGCUUCCAAGCUUUGUUGCCGGAGGAGAGUCUGGAAAUCUGCACGCCGGGACCCGAGUUGAUGUGAAAUAACUGUGUUCAUGGAGCUUCUUCUUCUUCUGACUAGCCUCUCUCUCAAUUUGCUCUCCGUUUGUUUUUUUCACCUUCACUUUCAUUUUUUUGUUUUUUUCUUUCACAAAUCUGACCCUCUUAUAUGUUUGGUGUAUCAUUUUUAUAUGUUUGUAAUCCGUCAAGACAUUUCCCUUGCCCUAAUAUCACAAGCCUUUUCAGAUAA